AUGGCAAACAUCACACUUCUCCCCUGUAAUUGGCGCCCCAUCACACUCUGCGCUCUACUUCUGGCCUCGAAGGUGUGGCCGGACAAUACGCCUACAAACAGCGACUUCUGCGUUGUGUAUCCACAAUUUGACCGAGAAGGUUUCAAUGAUCUCGAGUCCAUGUUCAUUACGGAUAUUCACUGGGAAGUCAUGAUCAGUUCGUCUGCAUAUGCCAAGUACUACUUCGCGCUCCGAGCGAUCGGCGAGAAGGUCGAUUUUCGGCGGCGUUACAACGCGCUCGUUCUCGUCCAGCCCGAGAAUUCGAAGUCGAUCGAGGUGCGAUUGAGGGUCUGCUUGAAUGUAGCGCUCCACCACGCAAGCAAGCGAGCAGCUUCUGUCCUGCAGCCUGUAACCUGUUCCCUAUAA